CCCGGGGAGCGCCAAGAUGGCGGCGGCGCGGCGGCUCUGCGCGGCGGCGGGGCUGGGCGGGCGGUUCUGUCACAUGCUGUUAAAAGAUCAUCGUGUGACAACUCGCCAGCCUUUCCACCAGCUUCUGCAAAAGAAACCAUCUCUUCCCUCUGCAGCAUGGCAUCGUGCAGUGAGAGGCAUGUUUAUUCAAACCCAGGACACACCAAAUCCAAAUAGCUUGAAGUUUAUUCCAGGAAGGGAAGUGCUGGGGUCGAGGACUAUGGAGUUUGCCACACCAGCUGCAGCCUACUGCUCACCUUUAGCAAGACAGUUAUUCCGGAUUGAAGGAGUUAAAAGUGUUUUCUUUGGGCCAGACUUCAUCACCAUCACCAAGGACAGUGAAGACCUGGAUUGGAACUUACUGAAACCAGAUAUUUAUGCAACCAUAAUGGAUUUCUUUGCCUCUGGCUUACCUGUAGUUACUGAUGAGGCACCCAGGACAGACACAGCUGCUUCAGAAGAAGAUGAUGAAGUUGUACUGAUGAUUAAGGAGCUGCUGGAUACAAGAAUCAGGCCCACCGUGCAGGAAGAUGGUGGUGAUGUUAUCUACAAAGGCUUUGAGGAUGGCAUUGUGCAGCUGAAGCUGCAGGGGUCGUGCACCAGCUGCCCCAGCUCCCUCAUCACCCUCAAGAGUGGCAUACAGAACAUGCUCCAGUUCUACAUCCCUGAGGUGGAAGGCGUUGAGCAGGUUGUUGACGACGAUGAUGACGUGGGGAAAGAAGCAAAUUCUACUUGAGCUUCAUCAUCUGUGGCCAAAUAAACAUUUACCUCCUGCUGCAUGUGAACCAUCUUUGUGCUGAGGAGCAACCAAAUCUGCCUUGUCAGAAAAACAGUUGUAGCUACUGUGAGAGUGCACCAUCAGUUCAAGCAGUUCAUCCACUCAUUUAUUAAAUGCCCUGGAUUACCAAAAGAUUCUUCUGCCAUGUCUUUAGAAAGAAAUGGUGGGCUCAGAAAACAGUGAUGUGUUUCUUUUUUGGUUUUGUUUUUUUCUUCAUACAGAAACUUCAGUACUGAAAAAAAGAGAAGGCAGAAGUUCCUUGGCUUUUUUUGUGCAAUAACAAUAUUAAAUGUUUAUUCUCCCAACUUGUGGGACUGACAGGACUGUCUGCCCUUACUCUGUAAAUGGGAGCUUCAGGAAUGUUAAUUUUAUCAAGUCUUGUUAAAAAGCUGCUGAUUCCUAUCAAUUUUUUUGUGUGUGUGAAAGAUAACCUAUAAUAUCAACUGUUCAUUUUGGGGGAUGUAACACUGCCAUGGCUUGUGGGAAGUUACCUCCUUGCUCAUUACCACUGUGCAAACCAUAGCAACAGAAACAAAAAAACCAUGUUAUAAAAAUCAUACCUUCUAAAGCAAAUGUUAGAAAAGAAUGAUCCUUAUCAGCUUCAGUAAGUAGACUAAUGAGCUCGUUUAGCAGUAAAAUCGUUCAGGCACCAUGCAGCAGCUGAUUUCCCAGCCCUGGGAGGAAGGUGCAGUGCUGGAGGCUGCCUGUGCAGGGUGCCAGGGGCAAGGAGGGCUGUGUUUGGCUGCUCCUGCCACAUCCUGUUUGCCUUGUGUGUGGCAGAGCAGGGCUCCUUGCAGUCCUGCACGCCACGGCACAGCAGUGUUUGCUGUUCUGACGUUGGAACACGUAAAUGGGGCUUUGCAAGGAGCUCUGUUUACUUUUGUGUGUGGGAAUGAUUUCUUCCUGGUGCCCGGCUCUGUGACCAGGAAUUCUGUUCCUUUUUGCUGCCACCACGGAGCUGAGUUUGUGGUCCUCGUUUGGCUUAUGAUUGACUUGACAGCUUCUGAUGUGUUCCCCUCUUUCAGCCCUUGCCAGUGUGAUUAUUCCACUGAUAAAGUCCCUAAACAGGAUCAGUUCAGCUG